GCCAUCUACAACUUUGUAAUAAUUGUCCUAGUAGACUGAUGGAUGGAAGUUUCGUUCGUUCGUUGUAUCGAUUUUUUGAGUGAAGUGAACUAGUGUUCGUGUCCUUUAGUUUAGUGACGUUUGUUAGAAAAAUAUCUGUGAAUGGGAUUGUGUAACGAGAUAAAACGUUUAUUUGGUGUGUGAUUUUCUAUUAAGGAUGACGAAGGACAGGUUAGCGGCGCUUCAAGCGGCGCAAAGCGACGAUGACGAUGUUGGACCUGACGAUGUCAACGUUCCCGUCGAAGGCGGCUUCAUGGACGAAUUCUUCAGUGAGGUGGAAGAAAUUCGAGAGAUGAUAGACAAGAUACAGGCUAACGUUGAAGAGGUGAAGAAGAAGCACAGUGCCAUUUUAUCAGCGCCGCAAUCAGACGAAAAAACAAAGCACGAAUUAGAAGAUCUCAUGGCCGAUAUCAAGAAAACUGCCAACAAAGUCAGAGGAAAAUUAAAACAUAUAGAGCAAAACAUCGAACAAGAGGAACAUUCGAAUAAAUCGUCCGCCGAUCUAAGGAUAAGAAAAACCCAGCACUCGACGCUCUCGCGUAAGUUCGUCGAGGUGAUGACCGAAUACAACCGAACCCAGACGGACUACCGAGACCGUUGCAAAAACAGGAUACUUCGGCAGCUUGAAAUUACGGGCCGUGCGACUACCGACGAUGAACUGGAAGCUAUGUUAGAGCAAGACAACCCAGCCGUAUUUACACAAGGGAUAAUAAUGGAAACACAGCAGGCGAAGCAAACCCUGGCGGAUAUCGAGGCGCGACAUGCUGACAUCAUCAAGUUAGAAACGUCCAUCCGCGAGCUACACGACAUGUUCAUGGACAUGGCCAUGCUCGUCGAAAGUCAGGGUGAGAUGAUCGACCGCAUUGAGUAUCAUGUAGAGCACGCUGUGGACUAUGUCCAAACUGCCACACAAGACACAAAGAAGGCCCUUAAAUAUCAGAGCAAAGCUCGACGGAAGAAGAUAAUGAUCCUUGUGUGCCUGCUGAUACUCGGCCUCGUGGUCGUCGGCUACGUGUCGAGCUACUUCAUUUGAAGUCAGUCGCUCGCCGACCGCCCGCGCUCAAAGGACAAUGAAGCAAUGUCACAGAUUUUGCAAACAUUUGGUGCCUGCAUCCCGUCGGGCAAUCAACAUCGGUCUGCCGAAUUCAUCACUAACAUACGCUCUUAUUAUUUAUCGUUAGGAGUUUUAUUAAUAAGAUUCAAAACAUAUUAUAUUAUCAUCUGAAUUAUAUCGUCCCGGUCGGGACAGUGUUUAGCUGUUAUCUUGUUGAAUUUGGUCACUAUCAAGUAAUCAUUGACCGUUAAUUAUUCCGUAAAUGUUAAUGACAAAAAAUAGUUACUUAUCUAUGUACCUAUUCGUUGAUUUUUAUUAUUGUAUGUCCAAUCUUUUUAUCCAUUCAUAACAGAAGUGUGUUGUGUAAGAACAACGUAGUAAUCACUGUUUAAAUGUAUUUGUUUUAAAUACAAUAAAAUA